GGGGCUGCCCGCUGCGCAGGCGCAGAAGCUCCUGCGUGUGGAAGCCGCGGCCCGGCGGGCGGGUAAAUAACAGAUGCGGGUAAAAGAUCCAUCAAAAGAUUUCCCUGAGAAAGGCAAACGAAAUAAGAGACCAUUACUACCUCAUGAUGAAGAUUCUUCAGACGACAUUGCUGUAGGGUUAACGUGCCCACACAUCAGCUAUGCUGUCAGCGUGAAUCAUGUGAAGAAGGCAGUGGCUGAGACUCUGUGGUCUGUUUGUUCUGAGUGUUUGAAAGAGAGAAGAUUCUGUGAUGGACAGCCAGUACUUCCUUCCGAUGUUUGGUUGUGCCUCAAGUGUGGCUUUCAGGGAUGCGGUAAAAACUCAGAAAGCCAGCAUUCACUGAGACACUUCAGGAGCUCUGGGGCUGAGUCCCAUUGUGUUGUCAUUAGCCUGAGUACGUGGGUCAUAUGGUGUUAUGAAUGUAAUGAACAAUUGUCAACGCAUUGUAACAAGAAGGUUUUGGCUCAGAUAGUUGACUCUCUCCAAAAACAUGUUCUUAAAACACAAACAGGUGCAUUUUCUAGAAUCAUAAAGCUUUGUGAAGAAAAACGUGAAACAGGUGAACUAAAGAAGGGAAGAAAAGGCAGCUGUGUGCCAUCUGUUAAAGGAAUUACAAACCUAGGAAAUACUUGCUUCUUUAAUGCAGUCAUUCAGAACUUGGCUCAGACAUACAUUCUGUUUGAACUUAUGAAUGAGAUAAAAGAAGAUGGCACCAAAUUCAAGAUUUCUCUUUCGUCAGCUCCACAGCUGGAUCCAUUAGUGGUGGAACUUUCAAGCCCUGGACCAUUGACUUCAGCCUUGUUCCUGUUUCUUCACAGCAUGAAGGAGGCUGAAAAAGGACCGCUUUCUCCUAAAGUUCUUUUCAAUCAGCUCUGUCAGAAGGCUCCACGAUUUAAAGGUUUCCAGCAACAAGACAGCCAAGAGCUUCUGCACCAUUUGUUGGAUGCUGUGAGGACAGAGGAGACAAAGAGGAUACAAGCUAGCAUUCUAAAAGCAUUUAACAACCCAACAACUAAGACUGCUGAUGAUGAAACUAGGAAAAAAGUCAAAGCCUAUGGAAAAGAAGGCGUGAAGAUGAACUUCAUAGAUCGGAUCUUUAUUGGUGAAUUAACUAGCACAGUCAUGUGUGAAGAAUGUGCAAAUAUCUCCACCAUGAAGGAUCCCUUCAUUGAUAUUUCACUUCCUAUUAUAGAAGAAAGGGUUUCAAAACCUGUACUUUUGGGGAAAAUGAGUAAAUGCAGAAGUUUACAGGAGACAGACCAAGACCAUAACAAGGGCACCGUUACCAUAGAAAAUACCCACCAACCCAGAGCUGCCAAGAAGCAUUCCUCACCUAAAGAUAAGAAUCAGCUAAGUCAUGACAGAAAACACUUAAGAAAAUUGCCGUCUGGAGAAGAGAAAACUGUUGUCACAUAUCAGAAGAGUGAGAACUCGGAAGCGGGUGGGUUUGCCAGCACCGGGAGCACUGGGUCGUCACGGAACGAAAGCCCCACUGACGGCAGCGAGAAGGAAGCCAGCCUGGCUGAGAGCAGUGCCGAUGCAGACAGCGAAGCUUCUGACUCAGAGAGCGCGCCCCAGCCUGUGCCGCCCCCGUCCAGUGGGGACUCCUGUGGGCACACAGAGCAGCACUUGCGUCCCCCAGUGGCAAGUGAAUUGCCACCCGCCAGGGAGACACACAGUGAAGAGGAAAUGGCUGAAGCGGUCGCUGAGCUUCAUUUGAGCGGCACUGUGAUUGGAAACAGGGAUUUUCACCGGGAAAAACAGCCACUAAAUGUCCCAAAUAAUUUGUGUUUUUCAGAGGGAAAGCAUAUGAGGUUUCACAGUGCUCAGCAUGCUUUCCAGACUCUUUCUCAGAGCUAUGUAACUACUUCUAAGGAGUGCUCAGUGCAGUCCUGUCUCUACCAGUUCACGUCCAUGGAGCUGCUAAUGGGCAACAACAAGCUUCUCUGUGAGGACUGCACUGAAAAGAGACAGAAGUGCCAAAAGGAAGCCAGUCCCGCAGAAAAGAAAGUAGGAGGAGUUUACACUAAUGCCAGGAAGCAACUUCUCAUAUCUGCUGUUCCAGCUAUCCUGAUUCUUCAUCUUAAAAGAUUCCACCAGGCUGGCUUGAGUCUUCGUAAAGUAAACAGACAUGUAGACUUUCCGCUUACCCUUGACUUAGCACCAUUCUGUGCUGCUACCUGUAAGAACAUAAGCGUGGGAGAGAAAGUUCUCUAUGGUCUCUACGGAAUAGUGGAACACAGCGGCUCAAUGAGAGGAGGCCAUUACACUGCUUACGUGAAAGUGAGGGUGCCCUCCAGGAAGUUAUCCGAGUACAUUACUGGAAGGAAGACUGGGCCAGGUUUAAAAGAAGCUGAGAGCGAGCGGGGCAGCCACUGGGUCCAUGUCAGUGACACGUGCGUGCAGGUGGUGCCCGAGUCAAGAGCGCUGAGUGCACAAGCGUAUCUUCUCUUUUAUGAGAGAGAGGUCUAACUCUCCGCUAGCUGGCCCUUAGCUCACCUUUAUUUUAGUGCUGCAGUUGUGACUAUAAUAUGUAAUACACCUUUGUAGUCUUUAGGAACAGUGCAUCCUUCCAGUGUUGUUUCACUUUUUCACCAUAUGGUUCAUUCUUUAAAAAGAAAUUAAUGGGGCAGUGGUGGCGCGUGCCUUUGAUCCCAGCAUUUGGGAGGCAGAGGCAAACAGAUCUCUGUGAGUUUGAGGCCAGCCUGGUCUACAGAGUCAGUUCCAGGAUAGCCAGGGCUACACAGUGAAACCCUGUCUCAAAAAACAAUUUAAAAAAUUAAUUAAUUAGUGCUUUUAAAUCUAUAUUCUUAAAUGUAAAAACAUGUUUUAUGUUAAUUUUCAUGUCCUUGGAGAUCCCCCUCUCAAAAAAAUUUGAUAGUAAUAAAUAGAGAAAUCUUCUUUGAUAUGACUAUCAUUACAGCAUUCAGAGGUGAUGCUACAUUGAAUCAUUCUUUAAUAUACCAUUUCCUAAAUGUCAUAUGAGCUGAGUAGAUGUAGUAUGUCUUAGGCUACAAUUUACAUCCUGUCCCGUUUAGCCUUUGAAGAUCUUGCCCCUGUUUUGAAUCAUAAUUCACAUUUUUAUGUGCUUGUUCUUUUUCUAGUGAACAUUGAAGUAAAUUUAUAACUAUGAAAGAAAGUUUGUUCAUUCUUGUCCCACUCCACUUAAAAUCAUCUCAGGGCUUUGCAGUGGGGUGUGUGUGUUACUGUAUGGGAAAUGUUACUAGAACAGUCUUAACUAGUGCCUAAUGUAACAUAAUUAUUUUUUCAUAUUUUAUGUGAUUUGGUCAUGUAAAAAGGAGCCACUGUAAUUUUGGUAAUGUAAGUUUACAAGUAAUGUAUUAAUUAUUUUGUUGCAUUGAAUAUUUGAAGGUAUUGAAACAUUUCAGAAAGUAAUCAUUUGCAGUUUAUUAAAGAUAAUUUGCAAGUGAUUGGUUAAAACCAAAAUAAAAAUAGAGAAUUGUAACAUGAAGAAUUGGCAAGUUAAAAGUUCAUAGUCUACAUAGGAACAUAGAAUAUUUUAAAGUUUAAGGAUGUCUUUGAAUUAUAAACUAUCAAAUUAUAUUUAUAAAUGGUAGGAAACCAUAUUCUUAUAAUUAACAAGGGAAUAUAAUACAUUUUUGACUUCUAUACUUCAGUAAAUGUUACACAUGGUUUUGUCUUCAUAAGCAUCAUUUAAACAUUCACGUGGGUCGCUGGGGAUGAAGCUCAGUGCAGAGACUCAUCUGGUCUGUGCAAGGGCCUGGUCUCAUCCCUAUCAACACAAAUAAAAAAUUCAGGUGGGCUUGCCUUUUACUUUAAUGGGGCACAGAGCUGCUACUUGUGUUCCCUUAAAGAAUUAUGUAGUAACGCAGGGUAGGUUUCCUUCUACAAUUCAAAUGACUGACCUGUGAAAACAGCCUGAGAAAUGUUACUACCCACUCAGUGAAGUGGUUCACUGACAAACAAGACUGAACCAGAAUGAAAGGGAAUGGUUCAGGACCUUACUCAUCAGUGCCAGUGCUUGAUUCUUUGGGCAGACUUGAAGGGAGAGAGGCUGGAAGCUGUGGACCUUCAGCCAGGAUUAAACCUUCUUGACAUGUGUACCAGCACAGAGUCUCCAGUAUUACCUCCUGAGAUGUGUAAUGCAGAAAAUUUAAAUACCAUUGCAUAACUUCUAUCUUUAAAUUGUGGAGGAACUUUCGAUGGUAAUUCUCUUGAUUUUUUUUUUUUUAUUGAAGAUGGAGAAAUGUAUUUUAUCCAUUGAGCCCAGUUAUGCCCUCUAAAGAGAACUUUCCAGUGUUUUCUGUUUCAUCAGACAUUCAGAAUUUACUAAGUAACCCACGGACAUGGAAGAUUCUAGCACCAGAACGAGUUAGAAAAAUAAUUGUUCAAUUUGGCACCUUGGUCAUAGCAGUGGUCCCCACCAAAGAAAUGUACAUAGUUAACCUUUUUUUUCUCCUAGCAAAGAUAUACCUGACAUAAAGUCUAAAGUUUGAGUGGGGUUUUUGGUUUUGUUUUUUUUUUUUUCCAUCUAAAAAAAGAGGAAAAUGGUUUGAUUUUGAUACCUAGGAAUUUCUUAUCAAACUUAAGAGAGGAAACUCACUUAAGCCCACACUUAAACUUUUGUUUUUAUAUUGAAGUUUUCCAAAGCACGUUUGCAGGAAUUUUAAAUUGUGAAGCUACUGUAAUAACAACAGUUUUCAGAUUACCUCAGGAAACAGUGCAAAUAAACAAGAAUGUUUACAGAUCAACUCAACUACUUAAUGUUUUGGCACAGUGAAUUCGAAAGUUAAGAGAAAAUUUUUACCUAGAUAUUGGUUUACAGGGUACCUCUAGCACCAAUAUUCCCCUGGAUUUUCCAUAUUUAAAAUCAUAAAAUUUUGAUGAUGUGCCAAUUAUGUGAAUGUUUGUGACAUAAACAAAUAUACAUCAAUAUUUAAGAUUGUUGUUUAAUGUUUUUGUUUUAAAAAAUUAUAUGAUGACUACCCAAUUAGAUGGUAAAGGAAAUGAUCACUGUCAUCAGCUCAGAGUAAUAUAUCAAUAGAAUUAUAUCUAAUAGGUGUUAGCUUGCAUGUGUGAGGAAUUAGUGAUUUUAUGCUAUAGUUGAGUAAAAUGUCCUGAAAAUUACCUGUGAGAUGUCACCGUAUAUCAGAUUUUUGUAGUACAAAACAAUACCCUGCCUUCUUUCCAUGAACUUUAUACUCAGCUUAUUUUUUGCAUGACAUCUGAUCAAAUAAACCUAAACCAAAUAUGUUCAUUAAAAUCAAGCUUUUAGAUAGCAUCCAUUGCAUUACUGGGAAAAUUAUUUCUGUGUUAAAAUUGUUUAGUUUAUGUAGAAAUCAUCAAUUCAAAUGUAUUUAAUAGAUGACUAUAUUCAAGUAUCGGUAAUAAAUUCAUGCUAUCAUUCCUUGUCCUUUAUCCAUUUUACAAUAUUUUAAAAAUAUCUAUGUAACUUGUUGAGCAUUAUUUUGUCAUUGCUGUAUGUAAGCACAUCAUAAUAAAGAUUAAAUUCUCAUGUUAA